AUGAGAUGUAAUUAGGCUGAUCAUUAAAAUUAACAAAUAAUUGGAGUUUGCAUUGAUAAUAAAUGCCAAUAGUAAAGACCUUAUUGUAAUUUUUGUUUGGCUAGUCAUGGUCAACACUUGAACAAGUUAAUAUCAGUUGAGCUUCUAGAUGAUUGGGUUUGUAAAAGAGUACUUAUUAUCAAGAAUGUUGAAUAAAAUGCUUAGGAGUGUAAAUUAGCCCUUGAUAGUCUUUUAAAUAAAUUUAUUAAUUUAAACAAUAUUAAUUUGGUAAAAUUACCUAAAUUAGAACUUUCAUAGAUCGAUAGCAUUAUUAAAUGUUUAAGUUUAAUUGAGUAAUGGGAGAAAACUAUAUUUAACUAGUUCGAAUAAUCUAUAGAAUAAAUUAAAUAAAUAGUAGAAGAAAUUUUGGAAAACCAAAAAAUAUAAACAAGUUUGAGCUAAACAGAUAAUAUAUAAAUUUUAAAGCCUUUAGAGAUCAAAGAAUAGGUUUUUGAAUAGCAAAUAAAUCUACAUUUCAUAAAAUCAAAUCUAAAACCAUUCACUUUUGAACUGACUAAUCAAAAUUCUAUUAAAUAAUAAGAAUAGUGUUAUGCAAUUGCAAUUAAUAAAGAUAACUCCAUUGUGAUAGCAGGGUGUGAUAAGUAAAUUAAAGUAUUUGAUCUCAAAUAAGGGAUAUUAAAUCAAUCAUAACUCUUAAGUGAUCAUUAAGAUUUUGUGUUAACAUUAAACUUUAUGAAAAAAUCCAAUCAUUUUGUAUCUGGAAGUAGAGAUAAGUCAAUUAUAAUAUGGUAGAUGAAUCAGAAUAAUUAAUGGGCAUGCUAACAUAAAUUGGAUGGACAUUCUGAUGCUAUUGAUAGUUUAUUAUUGAAUAAUAAUGAGAAUCUUAUUAUUUCAGGCAGUUAUGAUUCAUCUAUUAAAUUUUGGAAUUAAUAGAAUGGAUGGUUGUGUUAAUAAACUAUUAAAGAUCAUAAAGAAUAUGUCUUUUAGUUAAGUUUAAAUGUAAAGUAAGAUAAAUUGAUAUCUUGUUCAGCUGAUAAAUAAAUUUUAGUGAUUGAAUAUUCUUAGAUGCAUUAGAUAUGGAAUGUGAUUUAAAAAAUAUAAUUAGAAUAAUUUGGAUUUCGAUUGAGUUUUCUAAAUGAUAAUUAAUUCACAUUUUAACCUUAAGGUCAAGAAUAAAUGGAUGUAUAUGAGAUAAAUAGUAGUAAUCAAUAAUUUGUUAAGAUCAAGCAAAUUACUGUUAAAUCUGAUUCAAAUAGUUGUGGUAGUCUUUUUCCAUAAUAAUACUUAAAAUGUAAAUGUCUUUUAGUGAAUAAGAAUGGUUACCAUAUCAACUUUAUAAGGAAAAAAGAAAACGGAGAUUUUGUAACUGAAUAAACUAUUCAAUUUGAUCAUUAUUAUAUUUUUGGUUAAUUAAGUGAUGAUGGUGAAUAUCUAAUCACUUGGGAUUAAAAAUCAAAGGAAAUACAAACUAGAAAAUGCAAAGAAUUAUGA